AUGUUUUGGGCCAAUGGCAGUACCCAACUUGGAUUCAUUCUGGUAGGAUUUUCUGACAGACCUCAACUAGAGCUGGUUCUCUUUGGGGUAAUAUUCUUCAUUUAUAUCAUGACACUCGUUGGCAAUGCAACCAUCAUCUUGGUAUCACUCUUGGAUGCCAAACUCCAUACCCCUAUGUACUUUUUCCUCUCCCAUCUCUCCUUCUUGGAUCUCUGCUUCACCAGCAGUAUUAUUCCUCAGCUACUAGUCAACCUAGGGAGUUCAGAUAAGUCCAUCACAUAUGGUGGUUGUGUGGUUCAGCUCUACGUGUCUCUUGCCCUGGGAUCCACUGAGUGUGUCCUACUGGCUGUGAUGUCAUAUGAUCGCUAUGUUGCUGUCUGCCGUCCCCUACAUUAUGCAUUUGUUAUGCAUCCUCGACUAUGCCAUCUCCUAGCAUCCAUGUCAUGGCUUAGUGGAGUGGCCACCACGCUGAUCCAAUCCACUCUCACCCUGCAGCUGCCCUUCUGUGGGCAUCAUCUAGUGGAUCAUUUCUUCUGUGAGGUGCCUGUGCUCAUCAAGCUGGCCUGUGUGGACACCACUUUCAACCAGGCUGAGCUCUUUGUGGCUAGUGUCCUAUUCCUGGUAGUGCCUUUAUCACUCAUCUUCAUCUCUUAUGGCUACAUUGCCCAAGCGGUUCUGAAGAUCAAGUCAGCUUCUGGAAGGAAGAAAGCAUUUGGAACCUGCUCCUCUCAUCUGAUGGUGGUCAUCAUCUUCUAUGGAACCAUUAUCUUCAUGUAUCUGCAGCCAGCCAAAAGCAGAUCCAAGGGCCAGGGGAAGUUUGUGUCUCUCUUCUACACUGUAGUGACCCCUAUUCUCAACCCUCUCAUCUAUACCUUGAGAAAUAUGGAAGUGAAGACAGCAUUGAAAAAAAUUUUGUCUCUAUGAUCAGAAGAACAUGACUUCAGUAAAU